CGUCCCAGUCACCCUGAACUGGUCCCCGGGUCCUCAGCCUGGGAUCACCCCUUGAGAAGGACCCCAGCGUCCUCGGCAUCUAGCCCGCCCCCCCAACCCCAGGCAGGGCAUUCAAGGGGUUAAGUCCCCUGGGGCUGGAUUCCACCUUCCGCCUUUCCCAGACCCCAGAGCCGGUCCCUGGAACACUGGGCAGUUGUGAGCUCCGGGAUGGAGCCUGAGGCUGCGCUGUGGGGCCCAGACCUGCGGGGUCCUGAACAGAGCCCCUGCGAUGCUCACAGAGGUGCGGAGAGCGGGAAUGACGAGGACAGCCCUCGGCAGGAAAGUUCUGGGGAGGAGGUCAUCUUGGGAGAUCCAGCUCCGAGUCCAGAAUUCAAGGACCCACCAGAGAUGCCCCUGGAGAGACCCUCCCAGGAUUCCUCAGCUCCCCAGGACCCCCCAACCGCACUGGAUCACUCCAACGCCUUGGACCACCAGACCCCUCUGGAUGCCCCCACCCCCGAGGUUGUCCCCACACCGUCGGAUUGGACCAAGGCUUGUGAGGCCAGUUGGCAGUGGGGGACUCUGACCACGUGGAACAGCCCCUCGGUGGUCCCGGCCAGUGAGCCCAGCCUGCGUGAGCUGGUGCAGGGCCGCCCCUCGGGGACCGAGAAGCCCUACAUCUGCAACGAGUGCGGCAAGAGCUUCAGCCAGUGGUCCAAACUACUGCGACACCAGCGCAUCCACACGGGGGAGCGGCCCAACACCUGCUCCGAGUGCGGCAAGAGCUUCACGCAGAGCUCGCACCUGGUGCAGCACCAGCGCACGCACACGGGCGAGAAGCCGUACAAGUGCCCGGACUGUGGCAAGUGCUUCAGCUGGAGCUCCAACCUGGUGCAGCACCAGCGCACGCACACGGGUGAGAAGCCGUACAAGUGCACCGAGUGCGAGAAGGCCUUCACCCAGAGCACCAACCUCAUCAAGCACCAGCGCUCGCACACGGGCGAGAAGCCCUACAAGUGUGGCGAGUGCCGGCGCGCCUUCUACCGCAGCUCGGACCUCAUCCAGCACCAGGCCACACACACGGGCGAGAAGCCCUACAAGUGCCCCGAGUGCGGGAAGCGCUUCGGCCAGAACCACAACCUCCUCAAGCACCAGAAGAUCCACGCUGGGGAGAAGCCGUAUCGCUGCACCGAGUGCGGCAAGAGCUUCAUCCAGAGCUCAGAGCUGACCCAGCACCAGCGCACGCACACAGGCGAGAAGCCCUACGAGUGCCUGGAGUGCGGCAAGAGCUUUGGCCACAGCUCCACGCUCAUCAAGCACCAGCGGACGCACCUGCGCGAGGACCCCUUCAAGUGCCCGGUGUGCGGCAAGACCUUCACGCUGAGCGCCACGCUGCUGCGCCACCAGCGCACGCACACGGGCGAGCGGCCCUACAAGUGCCCUGAGUGCGGCAAGAGCUUCAGCGUGAGCUCCAACCUCAUCAACCACCAGCGCAUCCACCGCGGUGAGCGGCCCUACAUCUGCGCCGACUGCGGCAAGAGCUUCAUCAUGAGCUCCACGCUCAUUCGCCACCAGCGCAUCCAUACGGGCGAGAAGCCCUACAAGUGCUCCGACUGCGGCAAGAGCUUCAUCCGUAGCUCCCACCUCAUCCAGCAUCGUCGCACCCACACAGGUGAGAAGCCCUACAAGUGCCCCGAGUGCGGCAAGAGCUUCAGCCAGAGCUCGAACCUCAUCACCCAUGUGCGCACCCACAUGGAUGAGAACCUCUUCGUGUGCUCCGACUGCGGGAAGGCCUUCCUAGAGGCGCACGAGCUGGAGCAGCACCGGGUGAUCCACGAAAGAGGGAAGACCCCAGCUCGGAGAGCUCAGGGCGACACUCUCCUGGGGCUUGGGGACCCCGCUAUGCUGACCCCGCCCCCUGGAGCCAAACCACACAAGUGUCUCGUCUGCGGAAAGGGAUUCAACGACGAGGGCAUUUUCAUGCAGCAUCAGAGAAUCCACAUUGGAGAAAACCCCUACAAAAAUUCAGAUGGCCUCACCGCACACCCAGCCCCCAAGCCGCCUCAGUUCAGAUCCCCCAGGCUCCCUUUUGGAGGGAAUUCCUACCCAGGUGCUGCGGAGGGCAGAGCUGACCCCCCGGGGCAGCCCUUCAAAAUGCCUGAUGGGCAGGAGGGCUUCAGCCAAAGGCUGGGCCUGUUGUCCUCCAAGUCCUACAUUUGUUCCCACUGUGGAGAAAGCUUUCUGGAUCGCUCCGUGCUCCUCCAACACCAGCUUACCCACGGCAACGAAAAGCCCUUUCUCUUUCCCGAUUAUAGGAUUGGCUUAGCGGAAGGGGCGGGGCCCAGUCCCUUCCUAAGUGGGAAGCCCUUUAAAUGCCCUGAAUGCAAAAAAAGCUUUGGCCUCAGUUCCGAGCUGCUGCUACACCAGAAAGUCCACGCAGGUGGGAAACCCCAGAAGAGUUCCGAGCUGGGGAAGAGCUCUUCUGUCCUCCUGGAGCACCUCAGGAGCCCCCUGGGGGCCAGACCCUACCGCUGCUCGGAUUGUGGGGCCUCCUUCCUUGAUCGCCUGGCCCUCCUCCGGCACCAGGAGACCCACACCCAAGAAAAGUCCCCCAGACCUGAGGACCCCGUUCCAGAGCCAGCCACCCUGCCCACAUGCCAGGAAGGUGAGGGAGAGGCCCCCAAUCCCACAGGGAGCAGCAGCCAUGGAGAAGGGGAAGCGGAAACCCCCAAAACCCUCUUGGAAGAAAAGCCCUAUUUGUGCCCCGAGUGUGGAGAUGGCUUCACAGAAGUUGCAGCCCUCCUCCUUCAUAGGAGCUGCCACCCAGGGGUUGACCUGUGAAAUGGGUCUGGAGACCAGGGACCUCUCUCCUGAGAGGAACACUGGAUCUCCCCAAAAAAUUAUGUUGGGGGAGGAGGAAAACCCUAUCAGAUUGUAGAGAUGGGGAGGAUGGAGGGCCCUGGGUAAAAAUAGUGCGUUUACAUCAGUGACUAGAAACUAUGAAAUUGUUGGUCGGAACCACUUAUAAUGCAGUAGAGAAAAACUGUUGGGUUAGAAACCCUAUAAAUAUGUAGGAAAAAAGCCCUUUAAGUCUGUAGCAGAAAAACCCUAUAAACCAUAGUGGAUAAAAGCCCUAUUAAUUGUAGGAAGAGGUCCCAAUAUGUCUCUAGGCAACCCUAUAAAACUGUAUCAGAAUCCUUGUAAAACUGUAGGAUCAGGAGGUGCGUGCAGAGAGUGCAGCAAUGGCAUUGGCUUGGGAGGGGCGAUCCUCAGAGGUGCAGAUGGACCUCCCGGGAAUUUGUUCCACAGUGUUCUCUCCCACUGGAGGAGGGGCAGGGCUCCUCCCCACAAGCCUUGGACAGUUAUACCGAGGAAGAUGCUCAGUGGGUAGUGUGGGAAUUGGGUUGACCUGGAAAGGGGAGAAAACAAGAUGGGAGCGAAAUAAUUAGUGAUGAGGAGCCUUCAGACCCACAGAGGAAAAAAGACCCAGGAACUGAGGGGUUUCCUUGGGGAAUGAGGCCACUCUUAGAUGAAUAGUGUUAGAGAAAGAGGCCCACAGAAUUCCUUAUGAGAAAGAAGCCAAAAAUGGGGAAGGAAAAAAAAAAGAUGUCCUGCCUUUUGAAAGGCUUAAGUUUGGGAUACGUACUUUAAGGUAAGACUUCUGGGAAACCACCACAAAAAUUAAGGGAGGUUCUUUGGGGUGUUCUGAGGGAAGAAAACCAAGUGGAGAAACCGAUCAGAUGGAACCCAGGGCUGCCCAGUCCUCCCCCGCCAGGCAGGACGACCUGUCCCCAGCACAGCUGGGGACUUGUGCUCUGAGAGGCCUCCAGGGAUGGAGGGUCCCUCCUACAUUCUCAGGUCUCACUGUCAGGAGGUGUCUCCUGAAAUUGAACUGCCAGUCUUGCUGCCGUGGCAGGCCAUUUCCUCGUAUUCUGUCCUCAGUGGAGAGAACCGCUGCUAGUCGACCUCCAAAGAAUAAAGCCCUUCAGCAACUCGAGGCCUGAGUGUGGCUAAACCCUCCCGACACUGCUCUUUCCCAGGUCAGCGAGAGUCACAUGUAGGUUCUGUGUAGCAAUGAGGGACAGGAAGUGGCCAGAACAGCGAGCUUGGAUUAGCCAGCAACCUGCCUUUCCACAUCAGUCUUUCCUCCGAGCUGAUAGCAUGGCUGCUGGCAGGAUGAGCCAGCCUGCAGAGUGGUGGGUGUCCAAAUACCCCACAGACGGGACUGCGGGUCCUUGAAGAGUAUAUGGAGGCCUGACCACCUUCCUCACCCCGGUAUCUGGAGCUCUCUGAGCUUGUGACAGGCAGGCUAGCCCGAUUGUGGUCUUGGCAAGGGACGGAUUCCACCUACUCGGCUCCUCUCCUCCUUCAUCAGAAACCCUCAGAGGGAAAUGAAAAGAUGAGAACCACAUUUCCUGGCCAGACACACCCCAACGCAGCUACACACUUUCAUGAACCCAGACAAACUUGCUAACAUGACUGGGUGUGUGUGGCAGGGAAAAGAGACAAUUGCUGGAGAAAACUCUUGAAACGUCUGUAACAAGAAUCCCAUCCCCUAACCCUGGAGAUUCUGUCCAGUGCUGGGUCCAAAGGAAGUGCCCACUGACCCCAUGCCGACCCCAGUAAUGCACUGUGGUCCUGGAGUAAGAGAGCUGAGAUGCCAGGUGAGGUGGCCCUUCAGGAGUCAUUCCUCGAGAGGGUGACCCGGAUUCCUACAAACCUAUGGAAGAAUUCUCUGAUCUCAUUGUCUAAAGUUCAAAGGGUGAAAGUCCUUCGCCCAUCAUCUACCCUGCUCCCAAAAGGAUGGCCCUCACAUUCAAAAGAUCGCAGUCUAGAACAUUGUAGGAGGAAAAACCCAGGCCUGCUGGGGAGAAGGAAAAGGCAGGCCGCGUGUGAUUGAGGGGAGACCCUUGUUAACGUCUGCAUGAAAGCCCCACCGGGUGGGAAAGCACUACUGAGGGAGGAGCCUGCCUGCCAAAUCUCUACUGACAAAAGCGCCCACAAAAAGGGGGUGACCCUAAGACUGAGGAAGAGGAGACCAGCCUCCACGUCAAAGCAGAUUUUUUCCCAAGAUGGUAGCAGAAAGAAACUCUAGUUGUAGACAAACCCCUUGUAAAGCUAGCAGCAGAUCCCCUCCGAACAGGUGUGAGGCAUCUGUCUCAGAAGAGACAGCAUCUGGGGGCUCUGGGGCCUUCCGGGGGGGAGGUGGUCGGUGUGGCCAAGGGCCAGCUGCGAGCCUAUCGGGUAUAAGGCACGUAGUAGGAUGCUCGCAUGUUGUAGUAAUGGGUGAUGUGGACACGAUGAGUUGCGGUCUGGCCUUUUGUAGCAAAAAAGGGGCAGAGUCAGAGACCUUAGGGGUAUGACCUCUGUGGUUCACCUCCCCAGAUGGCUUUAGUCAGGAUCUUCCCUCCUGAACAAACUACAUUUUGGGAGGAAUGAAGCAGGGAGCUAGUUGGGGUAGGUGGGAGUGUUGAGACCCUCUGACCAGCUCGGGCAGAGGCCCAGCCUGGAGUGGACGGCUCCAUGAAGGCGUGACUCUUCAGAAUACCCUUCUUAAGAGCCCAGCGGACAGGGUCACAGAGUCAUUGGUGAAAGCAGAGGGAAGAAUAGAAACUGAUCUGAGCUUAGGGUGAAACUUGAAACUGCUAUGGAUAUGGAGGUCAGAUGGGAAUGGGGCAUGAAUCCUGAAUGAUGGGGAAACAUGAAACCGUCGCAACCAAGGGGCGGGGUUCCAUGAUGCCUGCCCCUGAGAUGAGCAGCCCCCAGACUUCUCUGCCCCCAUUAGGGAAGCCCUACUCACCUGACCUGUCCCCCUGGAAUGAUGAGAGGCCCCAGUUUUGAGUGUUGUGUGUUGAUAACAGUGUUGUGUCAGCGGUGGUCAUGUUGAUUAGAAUAAAGGGAAUGAGACUUCC